CUUUCUCCACCCCCGUCCCGGUGCAUCCUGCCUGUUCUGGGGUCCAGAAGCGUGUUACAGGGCGGGAUGGGCGGGAGAGCAGAGCCACGGCCUCUGCGGAGCGAGUGAAGAGCGGCGAGAAGUUCCCGGGGCGGCGCGCCUAGCCACGCAGGGGCGGUGGGAGCGCGGGCCCGGCCCCCGACAGGCGCGGACGGCAGAGCCGCCGCCUGACCGCGUGGCGCCCCAGCACUGCGGCCGCGUCACCCUCGCCCCCCGGGGUCGCCAGCGUUGGCCCGAGCUCCCACUGACGGCACACUGAGCCCGGCGCACUUGCCGGCCUCGUCUCCAAUGAUUCAGAAGUCACGCCCGGCGCUGCUGCAGCCUCAAGAUGUCGGAGACAGGGUGGAGACGCUUAUGCUGCAUCCGGUGAUCAAAGCUUUCCUGUGUGGCUCCAUCAGCGGGACCUGCUCCACCCUCCUUUUCCAGCCCCUAGACCUCCUCAAAACUCGCCUGCAGACUCUCCAGCCCCCAGCCCAUGGAUCCAGGCGUGUUGGGAUGCUGGCUCUUCUCUUGAAGGUGGUUCGCACGGAGAGCAUUCUGGGCCUUUGGAAAGGGAUGUCUCCCUCCAUUGUGAGGUGUGUCCCUGGCAUUGGUAUCUACUUCGGCACCCUCUACUCCUUGAAGCAGUACUUUCUGCGAGGCCAUCCACCAACCGCCCUGGAGUCGGUCAUCCUGGGAGUGGGCUCUCGCUCAGUUGCAGGGGUCUGCAUGUCACCCAUCACUGUGAUCAAGACCCGUUACGAGAGCGGAAGGUAUGGCUAUGAGAGCAUCUACGCAGCCCUGAAGAGCAUCUAUCGCAGUGAGGGCCACCGGGGACUCUUCAGUGGCCUGACAGCGACACUUCUGCGUGACGCACCCUUUUCUGGAAUCUACCUGAUGUUUUACAACCAGACCAAAAACAUCAUGACCCACGGAUUAUGGGCUGCGUGGCUUCUUCCAAGGUGGCGUCCCCCGGGCCCUCCGCAGAACUCUGAUGGCAGCAAUGGCAUGGACAGUCUACGAGGAGAUGAUGGCCAAGAUGGGCCUGAAGUCCUGACCGAGAGGGGCCUGGGGACAGAUGGGCUCUGUUGUCUUGCCCGGCUCUUGCCAAGGGCUGCUCCGUCUCACUGUCCCGGAGUUAGAGGAUGUCCUGUCUGGAAAGCCAGGCAGCUACGUCACCUUCAGUUACCCAGUUUGAGUAGAGAAUAGAUGGGCCCGACUCAAGCCUUCAAGAUCUCCCGAAAGAGGUGUUACUGAUGUGUACCGCGUGCUAGGGAGUUAGGAGAGGGUUUGCCCAUCCUGCAGGACUUCUUACAAAGGGGUUUCUGGAGAGAGCUCUGUCAGGUGGCUCCGCUUCACCUACACCCACCUACACCAGGCUGCCGUUUGGAUCUGUCCUUGGGCAAGGAAUCGCACUGCCAGAGAAUCCGCGGACUGGCGCUGUGGCUGAGGCGCUCCAGUGGGGGAAGCCCAUCUGCUGGGAGAGGGGUCCUUGUCACCAGGCUGAAGGCUGUGUCUGGGGUGCUGUUAGGACGAGGGGAAAAAAGAUGUUGUUACUUAACUGGUGGUUACUUAAUCACCUGGAGAGCCUCUAAAGAGGUGGGGACAGUGGCUUCUUAGCCUCUAAGUGUCCAAAUAACGUUUUUUUGUUCUUGGCCUCAGCCCUGUUUUAAUUCUGAAUUGUUCUGGCAUUUUUUUUUUGCUGCUGCUAAAAUUCACAUAAAUAAAGUGAAGCACUUUAUCACUGAAAA